GCUCUCUUUAUUUUCGUUUGUGCAUCUCAGUUUUGUGCAAGAGAAAAUUAAAAGAAAACAAAAACAAACGAUACGACCUUCGGUUUGUUUACAUCGUGAUAUUCUAAACAAAAGGACAGUUCAAUUCGUGCAUUGAAUGUUAUUGGCUGCAUUUUAACUGCUUUACGAGAAAAAGUGUUCGUGGACGCGUGUUAUAAGUACUUCAAUCAGUUUGCAAUAAAUUGAACACAAGAGCAAAAUGUUAAACGAAGAAGUGGACGACACUGAGUUCUUCCAGCAGGACUUUACCACCGCCUCGGAAUGGGAACUUUUCAACGCAAGACUGGAGGAAAUAUUCCACGAGUGGAAUCUGUGCUACCGACGGUUGGAUCGUUAUGCGGAGCUGGAACGGAAUCAGCUUUCGGUUUGCGAGUGGUCAAUCGCCAAGGAGAGAAUAAAAUUUGCCGAUGUCGAGCUGGAUGUUGUCCACUACAAGGCGAUUAUACCCGAAGAUGGAGUUGAGUUAACGGAGCAAAAAGAAGUUUGUCAGGCUUUUUUCGAUUUGUUGUCGUAUAACAAUGACUACUGCAUCGUGGAUCCGAAAGUCGAGGGGAAAAUGCAUCCACUGGCACAGUGGUACGGUUUGAGGGAGUUUGUUGUGCUCGUUCCGGUGAAGAACUCUAUCACUAACGAGAGUCAGAUUAGGAUUCUGAUGAGCUCGAUUCAUAUCGCUGUGGCCGGAAGCAGCUGCGACGUUCCGGUGUUUGUUCAUGUUUUGGAUAGGGUUCAAAAUGUAUUUCUUGGCGUGUGCGAGGCGGGUUCAUACAGACUUUCUUUCGACAUUGUGCAUCUCAACAUAACUCCACCGACUUGCAAGUUCUUGUCGGGUCUUAUUAGUUUGUUCAAAGGGAAGGUUGAUUUUUCCUAUAGAGACCACGCGAUUGUCUCGAUUCGCUUCUCGUAUUCUUUGACCAAAUUUUUGAACCAUUCAUAUGUUGUCUCUAAGAAUAUUCCAUUUUCGGACAAUGGUAACGAGGAGUCUUCUACUAAGGUGGGGCUCCCUUUUGGCGUUGCGGUGGAUCCCAUUUCUGAACUGGUGCUUCACUGCACAUGGUACCAAUUAGCUGACAACGUGGUGUUCGACACACAAACGCAUUCUGCUCUCAAUCCUUUACACGCUCACGCAUGGAGUCUUCGCGCGCGUUUUGAGGAGACCCCGGUCUGCUAUCUAUCCGAAUGCAUCCAGGAGUUUCUGCAGAUCUCCGAUUCGCGACGCGCAAUCACCGAAUAUUUUCCUGAGCUCGCGUACGGAAAUUCACAGAAUAUUGAAGGAACGAAAGCUUUGGAACGCUUGACGGAAUCAAAAAUCCCAUCACUCUCCUCCGUCAUACCCGGAAUCUCUUCCGGUGGCACAAAUAAAGUUGAACUUAAGCUCGACGGUUCGCUGAAUGACGACAUUCUAAGGGAUAUGCUUCACUAUAUGUUCCCGGAUGCCGAUCCGGACUCAGUUCACGUAUAUAAUCUACCAGAGCCGGGGCAGAGCGAGUUUGAUCCACUGAAAAUUAAAUCGGCCCACCAGGAUUCGUUGGUGCAUCGGCUCGCGAUGUUGUUGGGGGUUUGCAAUUCGUACUAUGGUGGGAAACGUGCAGUGGCCCAGCUGUGGGCUGAGUUCGCCCAGGAGAUGCGGUACCGCGUGGAACGCGGCAUUCAGAUCCCGGGAGUCGCUCCCGGAUUUCCUGACUCGAGAACAUGUUUGCUCCAUCAGAAGCUCCAGAUGCUCAACAUAUGCAUGGAGCGGCGACGAAUCCGGGAGGGUGGACUUCCGUUCUCGAUGACAGCCAGAGAAGGCCGCGAAGGAAGUCACGAGUCGGAGGAUGAGUUCUACGAUUGUUCCGACGAAGAUGAAGAAGAAAACAAGAAGCGCCACGCUCCGUGGAACCAACCGGUGGGACGUCUCUCGAAGCUCGGCAAAAUGCUGCUGGUGGAUUCGGACGAGCCUCUCUACAUCCCGAUCACGCAGGAGCCCGUUCCGAAAACCGAGGACCAGCUCGAGGAUGAUGCUGAAGUGAUGCUAAAGCUGGGACCCGGCAGUGAACUCUGCACCCAGAUGAUGAGUGCAUCGCUGCUGUCCGAUAUGGAGAGCUUCAGGGCAGCCAAUCCAGCUGGCAAGUUGGAAGAUUUUAUCCGAUGGUACAGCCCAAGGGAUUGGAUCGAAGAGGAUACUGACGAAAGGGAUCCAUUCGGAAGAAAGGGUCAUUUGAGUUCGAGAAUGAUGAUUCCGGGCAACACUUGGCAAACGGUGUGGGAGAAUGCCCGUGCCGUUCCUGCAAGGCGCCAGAAGCGACUGUUUGAUGAUACUAGAGAAGCGGAAAAAGUGCUUCACUACUUCGAGUCGAGAACGAUUGGGCAAAUCGCUCAGCUAACCAUGUCCUCGAUGUUCCACACCGCAAUUAAAACACUUUCGGAUGAAGCUGGCGAUGACGCGGAAAUAAUUCCACAGUUUGCCGAAAGCGUGGAGAAAAUCAUCACCACGUGUUGUAAGCUUUCGCGGGAAAAUUGGAUCGCUGACGCGCCAACCGCGCGCGGAAAUUCGAUGAAAAAGUAUGAAAAUCUCAUUUCGGAUAUCACCCAGCUGGAAAAUGUGAUUAUCCAGGUUCGAAGCUUGAGAAAGAAGCUUUCCUCUGUGGAUGACGACGAAGAUAAUGUGGAAGCGGACAGAGAGGCCGAGCGUGCUUUGCUUUCUAACUUGCUGAAAGGUUUCGAGAGCGAGCUUCAGAGCGGAUCGGAAAGCGCCAUUGGAAAGCGUGUGCUGAAUAUGUUUACCGAGGCGAAAAAAGCUGCGAACGAACAGGCGAAUGAGCAAACGGUUGCGCUGUCUUUGCCCGAUCCGGUUGAGAAGCAAUACAUAUUGAGACUCAUUGGUAGCACGGCUUCUAACGCAAAGGGUCCUGUGCAAUUUAUGAGAGCUAUUUUGUCACAGAACGAGUUCCGCUUGUGUGGCGCCUUUAAUGAGAAUACAACCUUUUAUUGAAUAUUCAGCUGCAUUAUGAUUCAAUAUACUCAAUAAUAUAGCAGCUGUUUGCUUAUAUAUAAUCAAUUGCUUCUAUUGUAUUACGUUACUGGUGGUGGUAAUUUGGAAUACGAUAUUCAAACUAAAUAAAAUUAU